AUGAACAAUGAGCCUCUAAUUGACUGGGUUUAUGAACGAUACAAGAAACAACAGCAAAAAUCUUGGUUCAAUGACAGAUUUAGCUUCUUGAAUACAAAAACAAAAUACUUGUUUGUAUCUAUUCUUUCUGGUAUUUUGAUAGGUCUGACGACUGCUCUACUGAAUGGCCUGACAUUUUUACUUAGCAGUUUUCGUGAAGGAUACUGCAAAACAAAUAUUCUACUAGACAAAGCUGCUUGCUGUGCAAUCUUGACUGACGCAUACGAGUGUCAUAGCUUUCAUUUUUGGAGAUAUGAACAUUCGUAUGUUAUGGCCGUAUUUAUUUAUUCUUCGUUUUCUAUAGGAUUUGCUUUACUUGCAUCUUUGCUAAAAGUUUACUCUUUCCCUUCAGUAUCUGCAAGUGGAAUCCCAGAAAUAAAAGCGACCUUAAGUGGUUAUACGCUACCUGAUGCAAACUCGUUUUACUCUUUGAAAACACUUUUAUUAAAAUCAUUGUCAAUAUGUCUUUGUGUGGCUUCUGGUAUAUGGGUUGGAAAAGAGGGCCCUUUUGUUCAUGUAGCCAGUAAUAUAGCCAUCCUUGUCGCUUCUGUUUUCCCAGAAAUAAGCAAAUCUAAUCUUUAUUCUCGUCAAAUUCUGAUUGCUGCAAUAUCCUCUGGUAUAGCUGCCUCUUUCAAUGCUCCCGUUGGUGGAGUUUUGUUUGCUUUGGAGCAAGUCACCACUAGUUCGUUUCCAUCUUCAUUGACUGGGUCUAUAUGGUAUGAAUUUUUGUGCUCUGCCUUUUCCGUAGUUACGCUACAACUACUUAGAUCUUGGCAGCCUGGUGCUGGUUUUCUUUCGUUUGUCUCAUUGGAAAGACAUUGGACCUAUCUAGAUUUGCUUCCUUUCAUUUUCAUAAGCAUUCUUUGUGGGUUUCUCGGAUCAGUGUUGGUUCGCUUAUAUAUGAAAACUUUAGCAAAAUACAGUUCUUCAUCUAGAGGUUAUAGUGUAUGUUCGGUUGGAUUUCUGAGUUUUAUGACUUGUUUCAUUUCUGUUCCAGCCUUAUUUGAUUACGAUAUAUUAUACAAUCCAACAGAAUUGUUUUUUCAAAUUUCGAAUUCAUGCUCUCCCUCUUCUGCCUCUAUUCUGUGUGAAGUUCAACCAUGGAUUACCUCUUUAGUUCUUUUUGCUUCCGCAAUAGUUGGCCUACUUUUUACAGGUCUUACGUAUGGAAUGCAAAUUCCAGGCGGUAUUCUUAUACCUUCUUUGACAAUUGGUGCUUGCUUAGGUAGAUGCAUCGGCACCAUACUAAGAAGCAUUUUUCCUUCCUUGGCAGGAUCUACUGUAUAUGCCAUCGUCGGUGCUACAGCAUUUUUAAGCUCAACCACUAGACUUACGGUUUCAUUAGUGGUUAUUAUUUAUGAAUUAACAGGUGCGUUUACUGUAGUACUGCCUCUUAUGCUUGCCACCCUGCUCAGCAGGUGGAUCUCCAAUUUCAUCAAUCCCUUUUCCAUAUACGAUUCGUGGCUACACCUUAAGAAGAUCCCUUAUUUUCCGAUUUCAGAUGCUGAUAUUAUUUCCUCCUUUAAUUUCAACCUUCCUAUGACCCCCGAUGAAAAAAUUUACAAAUUACCUUUACACAAAUGUACCAUAAAUCAAAUGGAACGCGCAUUUAAACAUAGCACUUACCCUUAUAUAUCGGUUAUAAAAGACAAAACAGACUAUUUUGUCGGGCUUAUUUCAAGGGAGAAGUUGGGAGAGUUGUUGGAUACCUCACCUAUGAAUCAAGAUGUAUACGCACAAGUCAGUUCUACUCUGCAGCCCGAAGAACAAAGCUUAUCUUCGGUUGAUUUGACUUUUUCUCUUUCUGAUUAUUUAUAUCCAGCUACUUUUACCUUGAACAGUGACACUCCGCCAAUUCUCAUAUUGAAAAUGUUUCGAGAGAUGGGAAUAACAGUGGUUGCUUUACUACGUCGUGGAAAGUUACACGGUAUAAUUACAAAAUUGGACAUCCUCGAACAAGCGACAACGUUGAGAAAUCAUGCAAGCAUGUCUUCUCAUGUACAAAACAAUACAAAUGGUUAA